AGACCUAGACCUCGUGGUGGACUGAGCACUGCGAUUUCGGCCAUAUUGGAUAGUGAAUGUCUGAACUCACACAAGGGCUCGAGAGUAGCCGAAAAGCUCCACAAAAUCCUCGACGACGUGAGGAUACACAUUCAAGAUGGAAAACGAGUACACCGUCACGGUCAGGAAUAAGUUCCUGCUCGCGCUCGACGAGAGCGAGGAUCCUCUCGAGGUGUUAAAAGUGAAGGAACUCGAGAAAGAGGCGAAGAAGAAAGAGAGGAUCUCCGAAAAGGAGAAUAAAAGCAAGCAGCAGCAGCAGCAACAGCAGCAGCAGCAGCAGGACGGCCAGAAGUCCGCCAACAACAAGACGCCGAAGAGCCGCGUCAUCAAGGAUGCCCAGCAGCCGCCGUCCAAGACGCAGGAUCCUAAAAAGGAUCAAGUCGAGAAAAAAUCAGUCCAACCAAGGACAAGUGGUGGUGAUCGCAAUGUAAAGUUCUCCAAUGAAUCCAGAGAAGAGCGUAACAAUAGACGUAAUCGUGAAGAAGGAGAAAAACCACGAGGGCAAGGAGAGUUUAGGAGGGGUCCUCCUAGUGAAAAUCGCGAACCGCGAGAAUUCAGGAAUUCGAGUGAAACUCAACGCACUGAAUACGGGGAGCGCCGUGGCCGUGGUGGUAUGCGUGGUAUGGGACGCGGACGUGGUGGCCCACGUGGACGUGUUGGUUUCGAUAAUCGCGGCAAACGUGAAUUCGAUCGCCAGUCCGGUUCCGAUAAAACUGGUAUUAAACCGGUGGACAAGAAAGAUGGUGCUGGCAGUCAUAACUGGGGCACUCAUAAUGACGAGAUUGAGGAAAGCCUCAAUCAGGAAACUCAAGAAUGGAACAAUGAAAAACCAGAAACCGAUCCUCAAGCACCAACUGAAGUUAAAAAUGGAGAAACGGCCGCGGAUACGACUGUCGAAGAGAAACCGGUCGAGGAGGAGACACGCGAACUUACUCUGGACGAAUGGAAAGCUCUGCGUAGCACCCGAGCAAAGCCUCAGUACAAUCUUCGAAAGGCUGGUGAAGGCGAGGAUUUAUCACGUUGGAAAAAGAUGUACGCUCUUGAAAAGAAAAAAGAGGGCAAUGAAGAGGAGGAUGAGGAAGAAGAGGAGUACGACGCUGCCGCCGAGUACCCUCAGCGCGUUGGCAGACAAAAGCGUGUAUUAGGUAUCGAAAUCCAAUUUAGUGACUCGCGACGUGGUUCUGGUGGUCGUGGCCGAGGUGGCCGCGGUCGUGGCGAUCGCAUGAACGGACGUGGAUUUGGAAAUCGUGGUGCCCCGAGAGAUAGCGAGUCACGCCCGCAAAAUGAACAAAGGUCACCGCGAAGUCGUCAAAAUGCUCCAAAAGUGGACGAUGAGAAUGACUUUCCUUCCUUGGGAUAGAUAGCUUCAUCUAUUUACUAUACAACAUCCCACCAUUGUCACCAUCAAUACAUCUAUUACGAUAAAGCUACACUAAAAAAAAACAAAUAUUGCUAUCAAGAAUUUUGCGUUAGUGAUAUCAUUAUUAAUGCAUAAUACACAGUACAGUUGCAGAAAUGAGAUACGUAAUAAUAUCUAAAAAUUCCUUUCAUGGCUUGAAUGCCAUUGUUAUAUAUAUUGGAAUAUAUUCGUACACACAAAAAAUGUACAAUGUAUGAACAUGAAAAAAAUAGUUAAAAUGAUUCUUUUUUUGCACUUGUGAGGAGCCAUUUUGUCAAUAACUAGUCUGAGACAUCGGCUAAUGGAUAACUCAGUCCUAUACUCUUCCAUCGAAAUCGAGGUCAAUAUUGCAGCUCGCAUUCCUCUAUUUUUUGUGUACAGCAAAAUUUUUCUUUCUCUCAGCAACUCUAUUCGAUUCGGAUUUAAACAGAUUAAAAUUUCUCUCUCUUUCUCUUUUUUAGAAAAGAUGCUAUUUUUCAAGCAUGUUUGCUGGUCCGCUUAAAUUUUUUGCUCUUCCUCAAUCUUUUUAUAUAUUCUUCCUGUGAUCUUUUUUGAAUUCAAGAUUGUAACAAAUUCAUGGAAGUUGUUUCCUUCUUCACAGAUUAUUCAUCCGCUGGCCAAUGUCUCAGAUUAAUUGCAAACAAAUGACUUCCCAUGAAUAUAAAAAAGAAUCAUUAUCUCUAUUUAUUUCUCUUGCUCAUACAUCAUACAUUUUUUCUUUAUAUUCAUACACAUGCUUAUGUAUGAAUACAUGCGCCAAUAUGUAACAGUGGCGUUCAAAUUACAAAAAGAUGUGGAAAGCCGUCUGUAACUAGUCUGAGACAUUACUCAUCGGAAGAAGAUCUGUGAAGAAGGAAACACAACUUCCAUGAACUUGUUUGUAAUCUUGAACUCGAUUGAAACUUACGGGAAGAAUAUAUAAGAAGAUUGAGAGAGAAAGAGAGAGUUUAAUUGGACUAGCAAAUAUGUUUGAAUAGCAUAUAUUUCAACUAACAAUUUCAAUCUAUUUAAAUCCGAAUUGAAGACUAGAAAAGUUACGGAAAGAAACGAAAAAAUUAUGAUGUACACAAAAAAAUAGAAGAAUACGAAUUGCGGUAUCGAUUUCGAUGACGCGUUAAAAGGCCUAAGGGAGGCUGGAUAUAGCAUCGAUACGUGCGCGAACAUGUAUAAUAUCUCUUUUUAGGCGUAAAUUUUAAACGCACUUUCUGUUUUAUAAGUUUUAUACGAUAUUUGGAAAAGAAGUCCUUCCUCUCGUAACCGGCAGGUUUAAUCACUUGUCAUGUGUAAGAUGUAAGAAACUUUUAACAGGAAGGGUAUAUUUCUAUUUAAGAAAAACACAUCGUAUUAGAAAACAAAUCAUCUUUAAAAUAUGCUAAGUUUGACUUUAUAUAUAUAUGUAUACAUAGAAAGAGAGAGCGAGAGAGAGAAAGAGAGACUUCCUUUUCGAAACUGAAGUCGAUUUGUGAGGACUAUAUUUAAGUAAACUUAUCUUGAAUAUGCAUUGACAGUGUUUUAGGUAUCUAUACAUAUAUGGAUAUACAUAUACAUAUAUGUAUUCUAUGAUAAAUUGAAAACAGUGAGAUGGUGCGCCAGGAAGGAAGACAGAACGAAUGAGUCUACACUCAUUAUUACGUUAUACUUACGCGUUCUUAUAUUCUUAAUUACGAACUAAUAUUAGUUAUUUACUAUAUAUUUGUUAUACAAUUAAAGAAAUAAUCGCAGCCAAAAGAUUCAUCUCUUGUUCAUUAUAGAGACAAAAAAAAGAGAACAGGAAAACUUUAUGGAACUGUUUGAAAUUUAGGUACAUGUGUAAAUAACAUUUACAAUAAUAAAUUGUGACGAUGAUCGGAUGACUUGUGUGAAUUCGAUUGGUAAUUGUAUCUGUGGGUAAUAAGACUAGGCAAAUGUA